CUCUCCCGCAGGUACGUGCUGUGCGAGGUGGUCUCAGAGGACCCGCGGUGCCGGCAGUGCAUCGAGGACCGCGCCGUGAGCCUCGCCGUUAGGGACGCCAUCGGGCGGGUGCACGGGGACUACGGCCUGGCCUGCUGCUCCAUCUCCUUCACAGUGAAGUACCUGAACGCCUACACCGGGACGGUGCUCCUGCGGUGCCGCAAGGACUCCUACAGGCUGCUCUGCUCCGCGCUCCCCUUCGUCAGGCAGCUGGAGAGCCGGAACCAGCGGUACCACUGCUCCCUCAACACCCUGCACGUCGGAGGUACUAUAAGGACAUGUCAGAAAUUUCUAAUUCAAUAUAACAGAAGACAGCUGCUGAGGUUGUUGCAAAACUGUACAAAUGAAGAGGAAAGACUGUGUAUACAGAAAUCAUUGCUGAGCUGUUCCCUUGCAGAAGAGCAGUCUCAAAGUGGAGACGAGGAAGAUGAUGAUGGCACAGAGACAGACUGAACAUUACUAGUUACUGUUCACCUCUACUUUGUACUUGUGUAAUCAAGAUGGUACCAGUUACCAUCAGUGUUAAAGCAGGGGACAGAAAAAGCAUCUGUUCAUAUUUAGACUUCAUUCCCCCAUUCUGAGUGUUCUUAAAUAAAUUUUUUUUUAAAAAGAAGUAGGUUACUUGGCUGUUUCACUCCAGGAGUCAAAACCACCUGCACUCUUAAGGAGUGUGGGAGCUCAAUGUGAUCUUCGUGCUGAGGUAGAAAUGAGCUUUAGGCAGUUGGCAUGGACAAGGAAUGUAGUUAAUUCUCCUCCAAGUACAGAAAAGGUAUUAACAUAGUACUGUUUUUUACCUUAUCUUCAAGUGCACCUGUUAUCCAUAGGGCUAUCCACUGUUCCAAGUCACAAGAGC